AUGAAGUUUACAUCUCUUUGCCUUUUGUCCGCUCUCCAGGCUGCCUCCGCUCUGAAUCUUGGAGAGGGUUACGAGCACCCGAUUGAAGAUCUCGACAAGGACCUCCCCUUCUCACAGCCAGUGACAUUUGCUCAUCUCGAAUGGCAGCGAUGUCUAGCUGCCGAUCACAACAACCCCAUCGACAUUGCCAUUCUCGGUUUCCCCUAUGAUACCAGCACAUCCUACCGACCCGGCGCUCGAUUCGGGCCCCGUGGAAUCCGCGCCGGCUCUUCGCGGGAGAAAAAAGGUCGCAGCUAUAACACAGUCUGGGGCGUGGAUCCCUUCGAUGAAGGGUUAAGCAUUGUGGACUGUGGCGACAUCCCAAUCACCCCGUUCGAUGCCGCCCAUGCUUUCAAGCAAAUGGAGCAGGGAUAUCGACAAGUCCUGCACCAUUCGAGCAAUAUGUCCAAGGCCGCGCAGGAUGCAUGGCCUCAUCCGCGCAUUAUCAGCUUGGGCGGUGAUCACUCAAUUGUCCUGCCGAUCCUGCGUUCGUUGAAAAGUGUGUACGGGCCGAUUUCCGUCAUCCACUUGGAUUCUCAUCUGGAUACUUGGGACCCGUAUGAGGGUUACACGGGUAUUGCGUCGGAGCAGUCUGCAAUUACGCAUGGAACUUUCUUUUGGCAUGCAAGUCGGGAGGGGUGCAUCAAUAAGGGGGCUAGUGUUCAUGGUGGACUGCGGACUAAGUUGUUCGGCCCGAAGGAUUAUGAGAUUGAUAAUGAUGUCGUUGGGUUUCAUCGGAUUGAGGCCCGGGAGAUUGAUGAUAUUGGUGUCAAGGGUAUUGUGAAGAAGACUUUGGACGUCGUUGGAAAGAACCCGGUGUAUCUGUCGAUUGACAUUGACGUGCUGGAUCCGAGUAUCGCGCCGGCUACAGGAACUCCGGAAUCUGGCGGUUGGACGACCCGUGAGCUCAAGCGAUAUAUCGAAGGAUUAGAGGGGCUGAACUUGGUUGGAGCGGACGUGGUGGAGGUCAGCCCUCCAUAUGACUCGGUAGCAGAGACGACUUCGGUUGCGGCAGCGGAUUUGAUCAUUGAUAUUCUGGCGGCGAUGGUGAAGAAGAAGUCUCCGGAUUUCAAGAUAAGUUCUGGUGUCGCCAAGGACGAACUGUGA